CCUUGUUUUCUCAAGCUUUCUUCGGGGGGGACCUCUGAGGUCCUGAUGCCAUCCUGCAGUGAACGCCAGCUCUGAACUGUGCACUUGCCUCGCUUGGGUCUGUCUGCCCCUAUCCACCAACCCAAAUAGACACUGGACACCAUGGAAGCCAGGAGGCCGAGGAAACGUGUGAUGUAGGUGGACAGAGGCAGCGAAGGAACAUUUAAAGUUAGCGAGCCUCACCAAGUCGAUGCUGACUCCUCCUCUAUCGACAUCUUAAAGCGAGUCCCUCCAGUUGUUGCUAUUAUUUUGCUGUUCUUUCGGUUCCGCCUGUUGCCUGCUGACGAUAAUGAGGUGGUUCCACCGUGACCUGAGUGGCAUCGAUGCUGAGGUCUUACUCAAAGCACGAGGAGUCCAUGGCAGUUUUUUGGCUCGCCCCAGCCGGAAGAACAAGGGAGAUUUCUCCCUUUCUGUCAGGAUCGGUGACCAGGUGACCCACAUCCGUAUCCAGAAUACAGGGGACUUUUAUGACCUCUAUGGAGGGGAGAAGUUUGCCACUUUGUCAGAACUGGUUGAAUACUACACACAGCAGCAGGGAUCUCUGCAAGAUAAGGAUGGGACCAUCAUAGACCUGAGGUAUCCCUUGAACUGCUCUGAUCCAACAACAGAAAGGUGGUACCAUGGUCAUCUUUCUGGCCCAGCUGCCGAGACCUUACUCCAAACUAAGGCUGCACCUUGGACUUUCUUGGUUCGAGAGAGCCUCAGCAAGCCGGGUGACUUUGUGCUGUCUGUCCUCACUGACCAGCCUAAAUCUGGGGGUGAUGCCACUGGAGCCGCUAGCACCCCCAAAGAACGACUUAAAGUUACUCAUGUCAAGGUUAUGUGUGAGAAGGGGAAGUACACAAUUGGGGGCACAGAGAGGUUUGGCAGCUUGGCUGACCUGGUGGAGCAUUUUAAGAAAACGGGAAUUGAAGAGGCCUCUGGAUCCUAUCUGUAUUUGAGACAGCCUUUCAACGCCACCCGGGUGAAUGCAGCCGACAUUGAGGACAGGGUGCAGAUGCUUGAAAAGAGAAGCCAAGAGGAAGAGGCUGCCAAAGGAGGUUUCUGGGAGGAGUUCGAUAGCUUGCAGAAACAGGAGACGAAGAACCUGUAUGAACGGCAUGAGGGCCAAAGACCAGAAAACAAGGGCAAGAACCGCUAUAAGAACAUUUUGCCAUUUGACCACUCUCGAGUCAUCCUCCAAGACAGAGAUCCUGGGUCAGAUUAUAUAAAUGCCAACUAUAUCAAGAACAAGCUAUUCAGCCCUGAGGAAUGCAGCAAAACUUACAUUGCCAGCCAAGGUUGUCUAGAUGCCACCACCAAUGAUUUCUGGCAGAUGGUGUGGCAAGAAAACUCGCGCAUCAUUGUGAUGACCACUCGAGAAGUGGAGAAAGGAAGAAACAAAUGUGUCCCUUACUGGCCAGAGGUGGGCAGCAGCAAACAGUAUGGGCCGUACAUUGUGGAAAACAUCGGGGAACAUGAUGCCUUAGAAUAUAAACUCCGACAGCUCUGCCUUUCAUCUGUCCACAAUAGUGAGGCUGUGCGAGACAUCUGGCAUUACCAGUACCUGAGCUGGCCGGACCAUGGAGUGCCCAGUGAGCCUGGAGGAGUCCUGGGCUUCCUUGACCAAGUCAAUCAGAAGCAGGAGAGCAUCUCUGGAGCUGGACCCAUAAUAGUUCAUUGCAGUGCUGGGAUUGGUCGCACCGGGACCAUCAUAGUCAUCGAUAUGAUUGUGGAUUUGAUCUCCAUAAAAGGGUUUGACUGUGAUAUCGACAUCCCAAAGGCCAUUCAGAUGGUUCGCUCCCAGCGCUCAGGCAUGGUGCAGACCGAAGCACAGUACAAGUUCAUCUACAUGGCUAUCUGCCAGUUCAUAGAGACCACUAAGAAGAAGCUGGAUGUUAUGCAGACUACGAAAGGAAAACCAAGUGAAUCUGAAUAUGGGAAUAUAACCUACCCACCCGCACAGAAGAUAAAGGCUUCACGAAAAUCCUCUAAGCAGAAGGAUGAAGCAACCCUGUAUGAGAAUUUAGGCAAAAAAGAGGAAAAAGGGCAAAAGCAGUGGCCUUCAGGGAAGGAGAAGAAACCAAAGGGCUCCUUGAAGAAAAAAUAAUGCCAUAGAUAAUCUUCCACCUGCCUGGCUCCAUUCGCAGCAGACACAAAUUGUCUACCCCCACCCCCCGCUGAGAACUUCCUCUGAAAGGUUUACUGAGCUACAGAGGAUCAGCCCAAGAGAUUUGGGUGCCUGAAGUGGGAAAUCCAGAUGGCACCUUUCCAUUCGCCUCCUACUAAUGAAUGCAAUUCUUCCUGCUUCUCCUAUGACCCAACAUACUAAUCCCAUACACCUCUUGGACUCUCCAGUGCACUUGCAAAUUCAUUCGGCUUUCCAGCCUUCACCUUUUCUAAAAGGCAGUUUUUGAAUGCUUGAAGCAUGCCCCAACCACCAUUAAAGUCCAAACCUUAACAAUUAUUGGGCGAGGGCUGUAGGUCAGCGGUAAGACACCUGCUUUGCAUGCAGAAGACCCCAAAUUUAAUCCCUGGCAUCUCCCGAUGGGGCUGGAAGAGACCCCUCUCUGAAUUCCUGGAGACCAGCUUCCAGCCAGCGUUGACAAUUCUGAGCUUAGAUGCAGAGCCAGAUUAAGAUCUUUAGAGGCCGCAAGCACUUAACAUAUUUUGGUGCCUACACACAUACACACACACACACACACACACACACACACACACACACCAUAAAUUUUUUUAGUUUAGAACUGAAACAAAACCUACAGUAAGAUGGAAAACAAUGCUUGUUUCUGUAUACUUCCACUUUAUUUAUAUUUUUUGGGGAAAUCUCCUACCUUUUCUAAUUGCAAAGCCUUUGGUCAGAUCCUCAAAACCAAUAUUACACAACAGAUCUGUUCGAUACUUCGUAGAGAUAAGGUAUCCAGCCUGCCUUGUUGCAUAGUUGUUCAGUUGUGAUUUUUAGCUGAAAAAAAUGAAUGCUCCGCUGAGCAAUUUGUGCGCAUUGAAGUUAAAAAUUUGGCCAUGGAAAAUUUCCCUAAGCCUGGGCUUAUUUUGCUUAAUGGUGAGUCAAGCCCUGGCUAGAUGGACCAAUGGGCUGCUGAUCCUGAGCUUUCCAGUGUUUCCAUGACCCUAAAAUAAGAUCCCAAGCACAGGUCCUUAUGAGACUGCCUAAUUUCUACAGGGGAGCCCUUCAAAACCACUGUCCUAGGUCACCACUCUGUUCUGUGAUGUGUUGGCUGGUUUUGUCGUCGUUCUACGCAGCAGUCAUAAGGAUUAAUGCAAAAGUGCCAUGGAUUGAUGUUCUUUGAGCUCCGCCUAGCACAGAAUCUGUGCUUUUUGCUGUGCCAUCUACCACUGCAAGUUUUGAUUUGAUGAUGGGUUUCUUUCCAGGACAGAGCAGUGGGUGGGACUCCAUAUAAAAACAUGCAAAUUCACAAGGAUCGGUUUUAAUUCAGCCAGAUCUCACUUUUAUCUAGACCCCUUGGGAGAGCAAGUGUCUGGGGGGAGACUUUCUUUGUCUGGGGGGGAGAGAAGCAACAAAAAUAGGUUAUUCCCAUGGGCCCAGAAAACACAGCUGGGUGUCCCACUGAAUGCACUUCGGAGUAGACAGGUAUACAAUCGCACUGGUGGAAGGCUAGCACUCCUGCCAUUUCCCCCUUAGUCCCUUAGUCUUGAGAUCUUGAGUCUUCUUUUUAUCAUGACCUCUAGCCUAGGCUAUUCCAUUACAGCAAGCCCCGUCAGGCUGAGAAGCAGUAUAAAGUGCCCUUGGGAUCAACGUUGCUUCUGUAACUUCACUUUUUGGUUCCCUGUCUUUCUCUCCCCUGCUCAAAUGCUUCACCUAGCUGGUCAAAGCCAUCCUUGCCUUGUGCAACCUCCAGCUCAAAUGCCAACCUCUGCUUAGCCACCGAACCUUACCGCUGCUGUGCUGUGUGUAAAUAAUGGAUAAUUUUCUAAUCCAGUGGAUUGGUUUUCUUGACUUGUAAAUAAAUCAGAUUUUUGUUUGAUUUGCA